CUUUUUGUACAAAGGGGCGCUUAGACAUAUCAACUAUGGCGGCUGAUUAAUAGUUAACGAAAACGUAGUUGUAGGUAGUUGACGUAACUGUUUUGAGUUGUUAACAUAUUUUUUAUGAAUUUUUUGCUCAAUGAAUUUUCCAGCUUUUAUUGAUCAACUGCAAUCUCAGUGCACCGAUCCAUGGGUUGUGAUUCAUCAAUUGUUCACCUGUUGACGCGGAAUCCAAUCCAGAUUGAUCAUGAAAGCGGGUGGGAAUGGAGAGCGAGCGCCGCUAAGGACAGUGCUGCAGAACUUUCUUAAUCAUGUUGAAACAUUGGAGAAGAGGAAAAAUGGAGGAGAUGAUCAAUAUGAUAAAGAAUUCCAAGAGCUUAAACUCUUGAGUGAAAGCCUUAAAGGGAUGUCAAUGUAUUCGUGUAAAGAAGGUGAAAAAGAAGUGAACAGAAGAAAAAAUAGAUACAAAGAUAUUUUACCUUUUGAUUGCACAAGAGUGAUUCUAACUGAAAUUGAUGGAAUCCCUGGAAGUGAUUAUAUCAAUGCAAACUAUAUUCGAGGUGCCAGUGGUUCCCAGGCUUACAUAGCCAGUCAAGGUCCUUUGGUUCACACAGUUACUGAUUUCUGGAGGAUGGUAGUUGAAUGUGAUGUUCAGGUUAUCAUCAUGGCUUGUAAUGAAGAAGAGUCAGGUAAGCACAAAUGUGAAUGCUAUUGGGCUGAAAGUGAUCAAGAAACUAGAUCGUAUGGACCCUACACUGUCAAACUUCUGAAAUCAAGACGAAUGUGCAAUGACUUUAAUCUUCGGACCAUGGAACUUAUUUACGUGAAUUCAACCGGAGAAACAAUUACGAGAACCGUUGUGCAGUUUCACUAUUGGGCGUGGCCAGAUCAUGGAGUUCCGGCUUUGGUACGCCCUUUGCUUGAUAUGGUGCGAUUAAUUCGCGAUUGUCAAGCCUCAGAGACUCUUCCGUUGUUGAUUCAUUGUUCGGCUGGAUGUGGGCGGACUGGAACCAUCUGUGCAAUCGAUUACGUUUGGGGUCUACUUCGUGCUGGGAAAUUGAUGGAGAACUUUAGUUUGUUUGAACUUAUUUCCGAUAUGCGGCGCCAACGUGUUGCUAUGGUUCAAACCAAAGAUCAGUACAUUCUCGUGCAUCGAGCCCUACGAGAACUUUUUAUCGAACAACUUAAAAUGAUAGACGCGCAUCCGUAUGAGAAUUUGGACGUCAAUGGCCAUCCAUUGAUUUGUCCACCACAAGAAAUUCGGAUUGAUCCUAGCUACGAAACCAUUUUCGUGAAAGUUAACUCAACUGUUUCUGAAGUCAAUGAAGAAGAUGACAUUUGUCAGGAGGAGUCUAUUGACCAAAUUCCUUGGCCUGUUCUGCAAUUCCAGUCUAAUUCAGCUGCGAUAACGUCGGCCCCUCCGUUACCGGACAAAAAGAAGAAAUCGGGUGGAACUUCAUCGGGGCAAGGAUCCCCCGUUUCCAAUCCUGGCGACGCGAAGAAAGCAGUUAGUGUUGGCAGCAGUGGAAGCUCAAAAGAAUCAAGUCCUCCGACCAGUCUUGAUCGUAUUGUAUUGAAGUCGUCUGACACGGAACUAUCCAACGAUAAUGUAAAAGAAGAAGAAGAAGUCACUAAACAAAAAGCGUCUCCAAAAUCUGGUCUGUCGCGUAAAUCCAGCAUUUUAAAAAUCCGUGCCUUCUUCGAGAAAUCCCAUUCGGAACCACGCAGCGAAAAGAAAUCAAACCUGGCCGGCACUCGGAAAGCAAGUUCCUUUCGAAUUCGAGAUGGUCCUAGAUUUUAUCGCUCACUGGAAGACGAGCAUUCGAGUUCUUCGUCAGAGAAGGCGAAAAAAGAAUCAAAUGAAAACUUUUCACCCCAAAAACUGACGGUUGCUCAGGGCACGGAAUUAGCUGGGGUAGAUGGACCACCGACUAAAAAAGAAACUCAGUUUUUAUCCCCUUCGAAUGUCGAAAGAAAGGUGGACGAGAAACCGUCUCUGCCUGUAAAGCGAAGCAAAUCUAUGAAGGUUUACAGAGGCUUUGACAUUCGCUCGGAAUCGAAUGAAUCUGUUGCAUCAAAAGCAUCUCAGCCACAUGUGGAGAGCAUCUCAACCGCAAUCAUCCGGGAGGUUACAGUUCCUGCGACGUGUGGUGUCGUCCUCAGCAAGACUCCAUCCGUCACUUACAUAUCUUCCAAAGAUAAACUGUAUAAACCCACAAUGGAGAAUACGACGAAGCAAGUCCGAAAAAAUUCUGACCGCAGUCCUAGUUAUGAAACGUCCUUGCCUUUGGCGACCAGUAGUUUGGAUCGGGGGAAGGAGCAACGGUUCGCUAAACCGACGUCGCUCUCACUAGCGCCAACAACAUGUGGUUCACUUGAUCGUGGAGUUGUCGAAAGCAAAAUAACGCCAACUUAUGUUAAUGUCCUGAUGCGCAACCAGGAAGUUGCAAACACCUCCAAGUUGGAUAACGACACACGUCAGUUGCUGCACGAUUGUCAAGCAUAUCUCAUGGACGGAGAUGGAAGUGAAUUAGUACUGCCACGCGAAGAUAAAGUUCAGCGAUCUACUCCGCAUGUAAAGAAGCAUAAAAAUCAGCAAUUGAAGGAGAGGCGGCAUAGUUUCAAAAACGCUGUUGUUCAACAUCCAGAGCAAUCGGAGUCGCCAGCAGUAUCUUUGGCAAUGGACGUGGGAGAGGAGAAUUACGCCACUUUAGAAAGCUUCGAGAGGGUCACACAACUUGACGAUGAAGAGCCGUCUAGAAGUCGGAGCGGAAGAAAGAUCCAUGAGUAUGAAGCUAUUUGGUUGAGUUCAAAGAAGCCAACUGCCGUGGGUUCCGAAUCAGUUGGUGAAAAUACUGACAGCACAGCUGGCGCGGAAACUAAAGAUUCCGUCUUUGUACAAAAAUCGGAUGAAAUUCGGCUCUUACUUAGCGAAUUACAGAGCUCUCAUUCUGACGGUGAACCAAGACAGCCAUCUCCAGUUGUAGCGCCAACGCCAACCUAUAAUUUUCUAACUCAAACGGAGAAUCCCGCAAGUCCUCGUUUGCAUCCCGAUCGGGUGUUGAGCGAAUUGCAAGAGCUGGUGGAACGUGCCAACCGAAAUAAAGAAGAAACAACCAAAUCGGAGGCUUUCAUUCUCCCUACACUACCACUUUCUACGCUUCAAAGAGUCAGCCCGUCUUCGCCAUCUGUGCAGCUCAAUCCUUUGCGCCUUAAUCCUCAACUCCCUGCAUCCCAAAAGGAUGUCCCUUCGCCAACCAGUCCAUGUUCGACUAAGUUUUUCAUCCCUGUGCCUUCCUCUAUUUCGAGUAUCCCUACGCCUGGCUUAAUUUCACCCAUUCCAAUCAAAAUUACUCCAUCCGCUCCUUCUUCGCCCAUGGCCCCCUCCUACAGUGCGGCAGUAGGAGCAUGCAGAUCAUCCCCCAGUUCUACCGACGCAACCCAUCAGCCCGUCACCUCUAAUAUUUCUAUCACAAGGAUGUCUCCCAAAGCCGAUUCACAGCCGAUAGCCUCUGUUGCCUUAACCAAAACCGAGCCGAAAGCUCCCGCUUUUCGCCCGCCGCCUCCGUAUCCAACGAAAUUUUAUGUCAAAUUGCCGUCCGUUUCGAAAGAAGUGACAUCAGUUGCUUCAACCAGCGCUGUAAAUCAAAUCAAGUUAUCGCCUCAAAUUCAGCGAAGAAUGCCACCAGAGUAUAAGGCACCUCCGCCGGUCAAGCUUCUUAGCCAAGCCAAGCCAACUCAGCCCGUUGCGCCUCCGCGUUCCAAACGACAAGUAGCCAGUUCAUCACAGCUCCCUGCGAUGGUUGCAUUCCCUAAAGGUCCACCGAUUCCAACACGAACCUUUUCAUCAACUUCACUUCCUGGUAUCGAUGUAGACGCUGUGGCUGCUGUCAUGGCAGCAGCCGAGAAUUCAUCCGCUAGAGGAUCAUCUUCCGGUGGAUCCUCGUCGCCAACUACUGCGGCCAACAAAGCCCUGAGCAAAGCUUUGGGUAAAUUUCAUGCCACUGCUGCAAGUUUCAAGACUAAACUUGCACAGUUAAGUGACGGAAAAGAUGGUGGGGGAGAAGUUUCCGCGUUACCAGGUUCUCAGUCGAAAUUGGAACGGGAAUCCAGCUUCGUGAAGCAAGGAGCCGGUAACAAAAUGCUUUCGGAACAGACUUCAAUGGAUCAUUAUAAUGACAAUUUUCGCCUUACCCAUGCAGAUGGAGCAGCGAUGACGAACACGGCGGAAGCGACUUCGUAUGCGAGAAAGAAACAGCAUUAUCUGUGAUGAAGCAAUCAGUUGGGCAAUUCAGUCGGCCGCACACAUUUUAAAUGCCUUCGCAAUCAUUCAAUUCACAGGUGGCCUUUCAAAUCCGAUCAAUAACCGUUUCGCAAUUAUACAACGUCCUUAAUUUCCAUAAAAUACGACUAGCUAAAUUGUUUUACUUUGUACAGAAUCUUUUCCCUAUAGAGCCUUUUGCAACAAAUUUUCGCGCAAUAGCGUCUUCAUGACAUUUACCUUGUAUUUGUGAAUAAAAUUAGCCUUCCCUGCUAGCAUGUUGUUUCUAAAAUAAUAUUGUGUCGAAUUGUAAUUAAGGGCUUUCCUGCAAUAAACAAUGUGUUAACGGCUA